CCGUUAGACUACCGCCGGCUUAUUAGAUCUGAAAGUGCUUCCGCCCUGAAGUGCAUAAUAAAGCUAUCCGUCUGAGAAUCGGUAGUUUCAUUGUACAUAGUCAACUGGAAACAACAAUAUGUGGAUCUAUUUUUUAAUUAUCUUAGGAUUAUGCAAUGGUGCAUACAGUUCUCUUUGUCGAAGGAAGGCUUCAGAGGCUUGUUUAUUGGGAGAAGAAGAUUUUCAAGUCAUCCCAAGGAAUGAAAAUGAAUUGAAAGAUCUUUGCAAUUUUGCUAAAACUACCUUGCAGUGUGCAGUUGAUUUCGUCGACAAAUGUGGUAAAAGAAACUUUGACUUGUUUCAUUUUAAUUAUGCAAAAGUCGGAAAGCUAAUGGACGCAACUGUAGAUAUAUGUCUACCUACUUCUGAAUUGCAUUCAAGAGUGGUGCAAAUUCUUUCUUGCGCUAAAGGCAUCCUUCAAAACGACGAGGAACUCUGCCAGGAACGCUCGAGAGAGGCCAUCAUCAGUCUCGAGAAAGUAUUGGGAGACAAUAAAGCCGAGAAAAGGCGUCUUCAUCAACAGCACGACUGUCUGCUUCCAGUGUUGAGUGCCAAUUGUUUCCUGGUUCAGAUCACAAGCAAGUGCGGAUCCGAAGCGAGGGACACCGCUGUCGACGUAAUGGAGAAGACGGGGCUUCUGGACAGCGUUUGCCGUGAACACAAUCGAGAGGAUGCUCUGCAGUUGUUGGAAAUUGUAAGGUUUUUAACGAAAGAAGAAAUUUAUGUCAAACAAUUGCUCUGAAAGAAUUAAAAUCUCUGUAAAUGAAUGAAUAUUUUUUAUGUAUUUUUUAUCAAAUUAAAAAUACAAUAAAUUGAAUAAAAGCCCCUUUUUACUGUU